AUGGAGCCCCGGCCGCGGCGACGGCGCAGUUGCCGCCAGCUGGUCUCUGCUUUCCUGCGCGACCCGGGCUCGGGGCGCGUCUACAAGCGCGGGAAGCUGAUCGGCAAGGGCGCCUUCAGCCGCUGCUAUAAGCUGACCGACAUGUCCACCAGCACCGUGUUCGCUCUCAAGGUGGUGCCACGUGGGGGGCCUGGGGUUCGGAGUCUGCGCCCCUUUGGGAAGGUGGAGCGGGAGAUCGCCCUGCACAGCCGCCUGCGGCACCGCAACAUCGUGGCCUUCCACGGACACUUUGCUGACCGUGACCACGUGUACCUGGUGUUGGAGUACUGCAGCCGAAAGGUUCACCGGCAGUCCUUGGCCCACGUGCUGGAGGUGCGGCAGACGCUGACGGAGCCUGAGGUACGCUACUACCUGCGGGGCCUGGUUAGCGGCCUCCGCUACCUGCACCAGCAACGCAUUGUGCACCGAGACCUAAAGCUCAGUAACUUCUUUUUGAACAAGAAUAUGGAGGUGAAGAUCGGGGACCUGGGCCUGGCUGCCAGGGUGGGGCCCGGGGGCCGAUGCCACAGAGUGCUCUGUGGGACCCCAAACUUCCUGGCCCCAGAGGUUGUCUCCAGGAAUGGGCACUCCUGCCAGUCAGACAUCUGGGCUUUGGGCUGCAUCAUGUACAUGGUGCUGACUGGCGACCCACCCUUCGUGGCGGCUUCCCUGUCAGAGAUGUAUAAGAACAUCCGAGAAGGCCGUUACCCCGAGCCCGCCCACUUGUCGCCCAAUGCCUGUCGCCUCAUUGCCCGCCUGCUGGCGCCCAACCCGGCCGAGCGGCCCAGCCUGGACCACCUGCUGCAGGACAACUUCUUCACGCAGGGUUUCACUCCGGACCGGCUGCCACCCCACUCCUGCCACAGCCCACCCAUCUUUGCCGUUCCUCAGCCUCUGGGCAGGCUUUUCCGAAAGGUGGGCCAGCUGCUAAUGAGCCAGUGCCAGCUGCCCUGCCCCUACACUCCCCACGAGGCUGCAUGUCCAGGAGAAGAUGGUCCCAAUGCUGACUUCAUGGAGUGGGGCAGUGAGGCCUCCCUGUUGGAGAGAGGGGCUCUCCGACCUGAGGUCCCCGUCCACCUGGUCACCCAAGGGAUCCUCCAGAGUGACCCAGCUGGGUCUGAGGGGAGCCCAAGACAGGAGGUGGAGGCGGCCAUUAGAAACCUACAGCUCUGCCUGAACCCUGGACCUCCAGUCACGCAGGACCCCGCGCGAGAGCAGGGGCCCAUCCUCUGGGCUCCCAAGUGGGUGGAUUAUUCCAGCAAGUACGGCUUCGGCUACCGGCUGCUGGACGGGACCAGUGGUGUCUUGUCGGGAUGGUACCCACAUGGCCCUGCGUCCCCCAGGGGGGAAGAGCGCCUGCCUGUGCCCACCCAGCCCGCCAGCCCGGGCCUCUGCCUGCUGCGCUUUCUUGCGUCCCAGCAGGCCCUGCUGCUGCUCUUCAGUGAUGGGGCCGUGCAGGUCAGCUGCAGUGGAGACCAGGUUCAACUGGUGCUGCACGGGCGGCCCGAAGAGUUGCUGCUCACGGUCUGGGAACGGGGCCGGCCUGCGGCCUCCUACACGCCGGGGAUCCUGCAGAGCCACGGCUGUCCCCCCGCUGCUCGCCAGCACCUGCAUCACGCGCUCCGCAUGCUGCAGAGCAUCUAG